UGGCAGACGGAUUACAGCGCGCAGGCGCCGCUACUUCUUCCUGGCUCCAGCGCCGCUAUUUCAAUGUUGACCCGCGCAUGUCCGCUUCCUCUUCCGGGUCCGGCGGCGCCAGGGGUGAAAAAUGGUGCAGCGCCUGACAUACCGCCGUAGGUUGUCCUACAACACAGCUUCCAACAAGACCAGACUGUCCCGAACACCCGGGAACAGGAUUGUUUACCUUUACACCAAGAAAGUGGGAAAGGCGCCCAAGUCAGCAUGUGGGAUUUGCCCAGGAAGACUUCGUGGUGUCCGUGCUGUGCGCCCCAAAGUUCUGAUGAGGCUGUCAAAAACGAAGAAGCACGUGAGCAGAGCCUACGGUGGCUCCAUGUGUGCCAAGUGUGUCCGUGACAGGAUCAAACGAGCUUUUCUUAUCGAGGAGCAGAAGAUUGUUGUGAAAGUGUUGAAGGCACAAGCACAGAGCCAGAAGUCAAAGUGAAUCUAUUUGUAGUUUCAGCCCAAUAAAUGAGAUCUCCA